GAUAAUUUGGAUUCUUGCAAAUCUCAUGCUGUGCAGUGUAUCCAGAACAGGUUUUCUUUUCUCGUCACCGUACCGCUCUUCUACAAACAUUUCAGAGCGUUUGAAACACAAAGCUUGUUUUACCAAACACGUGUCUUGGUCUCGUCCUUGGAUCUGUCGAAGAUGCGAGGUGUUUUGUAACAAGUCUACAAAUGGGUCCAGGACGUCUACAGACUUUGCUGACAUUACUGAGCAAAACAGAAAAAAGGUGUUAAACCUCUAUGAGAUGUAUGGUCUUCAAUCAGCCGCUGCAUACUCCCUCUCGUUGGACAAGAGCCACAUAGCGAGUGCCGUACUGUUAAAUUUAUUGGUGCAGCUUUGUUGUCGUGAAGGGGAUGUGGUCUUUGCUCUGAAAGUUGCGGAAGAAUUGACAAAGCGUGGCCAGGCGACAUCUUUUACUUUUCGAGAAAUUGUACGAUUCUUUAUCCGACAACGGAACUUAGCCGGGGUUCAGUAUAUAUGGAAAUAUUGUUCACAAACUGGAAUAGAAAAGGACUUUGUUAUGUACAGCUGUUAUGUUUAUUGUCUUGUAGGUGCGAAUCUUGUUGAAGAGGCUGUGGCAACUGUAUAUGACUUUUUGGCCAAAAGUUCUCUUUCAAACCAAUUUAUUCCAUUUCAAAGCAGUUUCGAUUGGCUUAUUAGAAAAUUAGUACGAGAAAGGUCGGAUAUAAGGGGUUGGACGUUAUUUAAAGAGUUACACAGCAAAGGUUUUCGUGUACCAGUUAUAACAUUCAAUAUUUUUCUAGAUUUUUUUGGCAGACGAAGAAGUAGACGUGAAGUGGAGGAAAUCUUGUAUUUAAUGGAAUCUGAUGGAAUAGAACCAGAUAGAGUUACAUACAAUACUUUGAUAAAGGCAUAUGGUUAUAUGCGACGUCACGAUCUUGCAGAAGCAGCAUUUAAACAACAGACUUCAAAAUUUGGUCCACAGUUAGUUGGCUUCAAUACACUCAUGAAUGGAUAUUGUGAGGACAAGAAGUUUUCUCGGGUAUUGGAACUAUUUGCACAGCUCAAGGAAUUGGGUUUGAAGCCAGAUGUUAAAACUUAUUCUACAAUUAUCAAGGUAGGUCAGAUAGCUUCUGGUGAGAAUCCAGAUACGGUGAUGUACUGGUAUGGACAAAUGAAAGAUGAAAACAUUACUCCUGAUUUGAAGCUUGCUUACUCUGUUCUAACCUUUUGCACAAGAAAGUUAUGUAUCGAAGGAGUUUGUCUCGUAUUGAAUGACAUACGCAACAUUCAAAAUCCUUUGGAUGCAGCUAUCAUACAGUACUUUAUGGAUAAUCUGAGAAAUAUUCCGGGAUCCUGGGAAGUACGUGAACUGCUUUCUCGCUAUCCCGAUCUUAUGGACGAAAAAGCUCAGAAACAAUUUGAAGAAUGGAAAGGGUAGUUUAUUUCUGUGAUAAGACUGGCCAUAUGUUGUGAUAGCAAGUCUAAACUGAGCAGGCCAUAAAUCUUAUGAUUUUUUU